AUGUUAUUCCAAUUCAUCCGUCGCCUUUCAACCUCUCCAUUAACUCGUGUUCGUCAUCCUAAAUUGCGUCGAUCGACACAUUAUGCGACUCUAACUGAUAAAGAUGUCAACUUUUUCGAAAACUUGCUUCCUCGUGGCAGCGUGAUAACAAAUCCUGACGAUUGUGCACCGUACAAUAUAGACUGGAUAAAAACAUGUCAAGGACAAUCUCAACUUGUCCUACGACCGAAAACUGUCAAGGAAGUUCAAGCUAUUCUUCGUUAUUGUCAUGAACAUCAAUUAGCUGUAUGUCCACAAAGUGGAAAUACUGGCCUUGCCGGUGGUUCAGUGCCAGUCUUUGAUGAAAUCGUUCUUUCAUUUACUUCGAUGAAUUCGAUCGGUGACUUUGAUGAGAACAGUGGUGUUUUAACUACGGACGCUGGCUGUAUUCUACAAACAUUGGAUACUCAUGUACGAAAGUUUGGACAUACAAUGCCGAUUGAUUUGGGUGCGAAAGGCUCAUGUUUAAUCGGUGGAAAUGUUGCUACGAAUGCUGGUGGAUUACGUGUUGUUCGUUUUGGUUCACUUCGUUCGGCGGUUCUCGGCCUAGAAAUCGUUUUAGCUGAUGGUAGUCUGUUGGAUUGCUUAACAUCAUUACGAAAAGAUAAUACCGGUGUUGAUCUUAAACAACCAUUCAUUGGUUCUGAAGGUAUCUUAGGUGUGAUUACACGUGUAGCAUUAGCAUGUCCAUUGGCAAUGCCUGGUGUUGGACUCGGAUUUUUUGCUUGCUCAUCAUUCGAACAAAUUCUGUCUACUAUGAGAUUAGCGAGACGUAUCUGUGGUGAAACACUAUCUGCCGUGGAAUUUCUUGAUGAAUCAACUUAUAAUUUAUCGUUAAAAAAUUUAAAACGAGCACAAUCACCGAUCGAACCAAAUAAAUUCUAUAUUUUAAUCGAAACUAUGAGUUCAACGGAAGAACACGCGAAAGCAACAUUGGAAAAACUGGCUAACACCGCGUUAGACAAAGAGUUUGUCACUGAUGGCACUUUAGCACAAGAUUUAACGCAAUAUCAAGAUCUAUGGGCAAUACGUGAACGUGUUCCUGAAGCGCUCGUUGCUGACGGUUACGUAUUUAAAUACGACUUCUCUCUUCCACCGUCUCGCAUGUAUAAACUAGUCGAAGAAACUCAACAACGUAUGAAGCCUUUUUCGAAUGUUCGAAAUGUCACCGGUUUUGGGCAUCUAGGUGAUCAAAAUCUUCAUUUGAAUAUUACUGUUAAAAAUGGAUAUUCCGAUGAGAUUAAGCAUGAACUCGAACCAUGGUUAUACGAAUGGGUUGCGAAAGAACGUGGAUCUGUUUCAGCUGAACAUGGUCUUGGUUUACAUAAAUCGAAAUAUCUUCAAUUGAAUAAAGGCGAACAGUCACUAGUAUUGAUGAAACAAAUGAAGAAAAUGUUCGAUCCAAAAUGUAUUCUUAACCCUUACAAAGUUUUACCUUAUCAAAUAGAUUAG